UGAGGCACGUUUAAACUAACCAGUUGCAGAAAAGUCUCUUUUUGGCACUUUGGUUUAAUAUUAUUUAAUAAGGCCACUGCGGAUUGUUGAUCUUGCCGGUUUUAGUUUUAGAUUCUGACUUCUGUGGGUUGCGAAUCAUUCCAGACAAUGAAAAUGCCUGUAGCUGAUGAAAGUCAGGUGUUAAAAGAAGGCGAAAUUGAGAAAAGAAGCGACAAUUUCUUGCAGCUGUGGAAAAAGAAAACCGGGGUAUUAACAAAGGACUGCCUUAGUCUGUUUACUGACAGUCAGAAAAAAUCCAAGAGUAAAGAUUUGAAGUUUCAGUCCAUCAAAAAGGUGGAUUGUGUUGAGAGGACUGGCAAAUACGUGUACUUCACAGUAGUAACCACAGAAAACAAAGAGAUUGACUUUCGGUGCCUUGAUGAAACCAGUAGCUGUUGGAAUGCAGCUAUCACAAUGGCCUUAAUCGAUUUUCAGAACAGAAAGGCAAUCCAGGACUUUAAAUCUCGGCAAGAGUCCGAGGUGGCUACCUCUCAGGGUAAGCAGGAGCGACAGCUUGCCAGAUCUCCGUGAUGUAAAGCAUGGCUUACUACAAUGUUUCCGAUUCAACAGUUAUGAAGCCUAUUGGACCAAAAAAGGGAGAUUUCAUUCUCUUGUUGGACCCCGACUGGCAGUGAAAGGAUGAAGGAUCACCGGCAGAACAAGAAGGACACUUGCUAUUCCUUGGAGCUUUAUCCAGAACUGUUUGAGAGUAAAGGAUUAUAUGACUAUUUAUAUAGUAAAGACCAGUGACUGAGUUGCAGGCUGCAGAAUGUGCCGCCACCUGAUCAAUGGGAUCUUUUGCAUAUUCAUAUCAUAUUUAUUCUAGCCAUGCUAUAAUUGCACAGCAAUGGCUAUCUGAAACAUGUUAAAUUAUUUUGUGAUAAGUAUUGUGUAUUUAUUUGACUCAAAUCUACAUUUUUAAUAUUUUGCAUAUAUACUAUGAUAAAUAAAAUCUGUUUUGUUUCUACA